AUGUAUUGCUUAAACUAUAAUAAACAUCAACCGGCAGUGCAAAACAUAUACUACAUACUUGUAUUAACGUUAGGCAUAAAUGGAAACACAACGGUUUUACUCGCCGUAUACUGCGAUCGGCGACUAAGAAGCACGACGAAUUAUUUCAUUGUCAAUCUUGCUGCUGCUGAUUUACUCCUCGGCAUCACCGUUUUGCCGCUGUCCGCCAGUCUGGAGAUUUUACACUACUGGCCCUUUGGACCGUUGCUAUGCGAUAUAUGGGCUUCAUUUGACGUGUUAUGGUGUACUGCGUCCAUCAUGACAUUGUGCGUGAUCAGCAUUGACAGAUAUAUUGGCGUCACUCGUCCUUUACAACAUUCUACAAUAAUAACCAAGAAGAGAGCUGGGUUUAUUAUUACCCUAGUGUGGCUGCUGUCAAUUGCCAUCUCCGUUGGACCAUUAAUUGGAUGGAGGGAGACAAAUUUGAAUGGCCUAGAGGAAUGUACCGUGACAAAACAAGUAGGAUAUGUUAUAUUUUCAGUUUCGGGAUCAUUUUACAUACCGUUGCUCAUCAUAAUAGUUGUUUACGUGAGGAUCUACCUAGAAGCUUCUCGGCACUCUAAGUUUGUAGACUGCGGUUCCAAGACCAUAAAGAAUGGCGAAGAAAACGGGGUUAUUCUACGAAUUCAUACAGCCCGUACAAGCUUACAGACGACAUCGUAUAGCAGUGGAAGUGAACGAUCCGAAGGCUCUGUCAGAAAGUUCGUCUCAAAGGUAACACCAGCAGGCAGACUUGCAAAGUUUAAACGAGAGAAAAAAGCGGCGAAAACACUUGGCAUUGUCGUUGGCGUCUUCAUUGUUUGCUGGUUCCCGUUUUUCUUCUGCUUACCUUUGAGUGUCCUGUGUGCGACAUGUUAUGUCCCUGAUAAACUUUUCACCGUCAUUUUCUGGCUUGGAUAUUGCAAUUCACUAAUGAACCCUGUUAUAUAUGCGAGUUCAAGUCGAGAUUUUAAGCGAGCUUUUAUUCGGGUGCUUCAGUAUGGUUGCCAAUGCAGGGACCAAUUGCGAAAGAAAAAGAGACGUUAUUUUGUCUAA